GAGCGAGGUGAGUCCGGCUCCCAGCUGGGCUAAGGGAGCCCCACUCCGGCCUUCCAGACGCAGGCACACUCCAGGGGGCGCUCGUCAGGGCCCCGGGGUGGAGCAGCGGAGGAACUGUGUUCGCGAGGUCGCGAGCGCCGCCGGAGCGUUUGGGGAACGGCACCGCGGGAACCCGGAAACGCCAGAACUCGCCGGGCUGGCGGCGGCAGGCGCGGGAGGAGCUGCGGUGGCGGCUGGGCGCUCUGCGGCUGGGCGGACACGGCGGACCCGGCCACCCAGGGCUCCGCGCGAAGCGGAGCGGGGCCUCCCAGUGCGCACCGAGGCACCUGAAGAAAAGGCAAUGUCUACCAAUUUAAAGUACCUCUCUUUGGGAAUCCUGGUCUUUCAGACUACCAGCUUGGUUCUUACUAUGCGUUAUUCGAGGACUUUGAAAGAAGAUGGGCCUCGUUAUUUGUCAUCUACUGCAGUAGUCAUUGCUGAACUUUUGAAGAUCAUUGCCUGCAUUUUAUUAGUCUACAAAGAUAGCAAAUGCAGUCUUCGAGCAUUGAAUAGAGUAUUACAUGAUGAAAUUCUAAACAAGCCUAUGGAAACACUUAAGCUUGCUAUUCCAUCAGGAAUAUAUACUCUUCAGAAUAAUUUACUUUAUGUAGCAUUAUCAAACCUAGAUGCAGCUACUUAUCAGGUUACUUAUCAGCUAAAAAUUCUUACAACAGCACUGUUUUCUGUAUCCAUGCUUAGUAAAAAAUUAGGUUUGUACCAGUGGCUCUCUCUAGUGAUUUUAAUGGCAGGUGUCACUUUUGUACAGUGGCCCUCAGAUUCUCAAGAAUCAACUUCUAAGGAACUCUCAGCAGGCUCUCAGUUUGUAGGUCUGAUGGCAGUUCUUACAGCUUGUUUUUCAAGUGGCUUUGCAGGAGUUUAUUUUGAGAAAAUUUUGAAAGAAACCAAACAAUCUGUGUGGAUUAGAAAUAUUCAACUUGGUGCUUUUGGGAGCAUAUUCGGAUUAAUGGGUGUUUACAUUUAUGAUGGAGAAUUAGUAUCAAAGAAUGGAUUUUUUCAGGGAUAUAACAAACUGACCUGGAUAGUUGUUGUUCUGCAGGCACUUGGAGGCCUUGUUAUAGCUGCUGUUAUUAAGUAUGCAGAUAAUAUUUUAAAAGGAUUUGCAACAUCUUUGUCUAUAAUAUUAUCAACACUAAUAUCAUAUUUUUGGCUGCAAGAUUUUGUUCCAACCAGUGUCUUUUUCCUUGGAGCCAUCCUUGUAAUAGCAGCUACUUUCCUGUAUGGCUAUGAUCCCAAACCUGCAGGAAAUCCUACUAAGGCCUAGUUAUUUUCUGAAACUUAUUUCUCAGGAUUCUCCAAGUAUUAAGCUCUUCAAGCAUCAUUCACACACAGAGAAUGUCAACAUAAAUUCUGUGAGAGAUCAUCAAACUGAGUCUGAUCAUGAUUGUUUAAAUGAUUUGAAGUCACAAUGGUUUAGAAACCGUAAGAAAUUUGUUUCAGGUGGAAGUAAAAUAUUUAGUGCACCCAAAAGUAAAAACUUGAAAGAAACAAUGUUUUCAGUGACUAAAAUCAGGAAUGUUUACAACUUGAACUCUGAAGUUAAUGAAAAAGGUUUUUACAAUAUUGAUUGCUGCAGAAAUGUCCUAUGCACUCUUUGCAAGAGCACAUGACAACAUUUGUCAGAUAUAAAUUUUUGCAAAUCAAAUCUAUUUAAUCUUAGUAAAUGUUUUUAAUUUGUUAUUUGUGUAUAGAUCACACUGAAUAUAAUUCAUUAUUCUGUAAUUAAGAUUAUAAUUAGCUAUUUCUUAUUAAAGCUGUGAAGAAAUUGAAGUAUGAUUUGAAAAUUUUUUUUCAUAUGUCCAAGAUUUUUAUAUUUAUAAAGGGAUUACUAAACAUCUGAAUUCUGUUAUUUGUCAAGCUCCAUAAAAUUAAUAUUAUGGGUCUGAUUUACUAUAAGAAGGGGAAAUUUACAUGUAAAGUUUUCUGUGUAAUGGUAUAUAAUAUAACCAAAUACAAGCUACAGGUGGAGUUUGGGUCUGGAUUUCUUUUUCUUUUUUUUUUUUUUAUAAAUUAGAUGUUUAAUUUUAUUGUGUGUGAUUCAGUUUCCUUUAAAGUUAUUAAAUGUAACUUAAGAUGAAGUAAAUACUUAAAAUAUGUAAUGGUUUAUAAAAAUACAUAAUUGUAUCCACUCUAUUUGGAGUCAUUAUGGACUAUCAUGUAUAUAUUCUACCUUAUUACAGAGUUUUAAAUGGAUGUUUUACUCAAAUCUGUAAGAGCUUCUUUAAGGCUAUAACAGUAAAGAUAUUUUUAGUUUGAAGAUGAGAAAGUUGUCAUCAAAAUGAUUUCUAGAACCAUUUUAGAUGACCAUUUUAUUGUUUGAAAUGAUAUAAUAAUAUAAUAAGUUUAAAUUCAGGGUUCCCAAACACAAUUUUGUAAGCCUACCACCUACAGAAGUGCCCUUCUUAUGUACUUGCUUGAAGGGGAUAUUACUUGUAUAUAGCUUCAAGCACUGCAUGGGGCUGCUUGGGCAGAAGCUGUUAUUUGUUUCUUUGUGUGUGUACAUACGUGAAUGUGUGUAUGUGUGUAUAUGUGUAUAUAUACACACAUAUACACAAACAUAAAAUUCAUUUUUUUAUAUAAAAGUGGUAUGUGUAUAUAUGUGCAUAUGUUAUAUAUUUAUGUAUAUAACUACACAAAUGCACCUCUGUUAAAAUAAUAUUUCUAUGAUAUGCUCUUAUGAACAUUGAAGUAGAAUAUGUUAUAAGCCAUUUAAUAAUUUUAAUUAAUUUCAGAUGUCAUAAAUGAUUAGUUAAAAACCUUCUAAAAUUAUCAUGUUGUGUUAAUUCCUUUGUGAACAAGAAUAGUAUUCACAUUCUAGCUUGUUCUCUGAAUAAUGUGCUUUAAAACACAUAAAAUUCUGGUUUUUAAAAAUUUGCAUAAACAACUCAAAUUCAAUUCAGUAGUCACCUAUUAUAAUUAGAGUUUUAAAAAAUAAAAUUCAAAAGUUUUUCACUUAAAAUAAUAUUGUUGCAUUAAGACUACCACUGAGUUAACGUACUGUCAGAUUUCUUUGAAAACACUUAAAACCCUCCUGUAUCCAUAAACCAGGAGACCACUCCUACCUCUUCUGUCCAAGGUUUCGAUUCCUUGUAGAUGUGUUGAGUUAUAAAACACUUGGAAUCUAUGUGUAGUACAUAUUGCAAACUGGCUCUUGUUGGACAGAAUUCCAGGCACAUAUAGCUUUCACUAACCUCCUUUGGGAGUUGUUAAACUGUUAACAAUUUGGGGUAUGUUCUUAUCAUGCUACAAAAUUCUGGCCUAAUUGAAAUGCAAAUCCUUAGGUUAAAUAGGAACUUUAAUGCACAAAAUUCCAGGACCAAGUUUACUUCUCAAAUAUUGGCUAGGUAUCUAAAUAGUAAUUCAGUAUAAUUUCUUAGCCAGUUGACACUAUAUGGCCUGUCUCUCAUUUUAAUACUUUGCAAAUACUAAUAAAGUAUUGGUAUGUGAUUAGUGUAGUGGCAUGCUCCCAGUGACUAAAAACUUAAAGUUAUUCAAGUAUUCCAGCAAGUAGAUCAAAUCAGGCUAGUUUCAGGAAAUAAGCAAAUAUUGUUAUUCAGAGCAAUGUAGUAUAGCAGAAAGAUUGAGGACACCUGACUUCUAGUCCAUCUAUGCCACUAAUUCACUUACUUAGUGAUCUUGGGCAAAUUACUUCUCUAGGAAAUGGUUUUGUUUUCUGUCAAAUGAGAAUGUUGGACCCGGAGGUUCUUUCCAGCCCUAAUAUUUUAUGAUAUGACCUUUUGGGGUGGGGUUGGAUGGGGCAGUGAGGGUUAAGUGACUUGCCCAGGGUCACACAGCUAGUAAGUGUCAAGUGUCUGUGGCAUAAUUUGAACUCAGGUCUUCUUUAAUCCAGGGCUGGUGUUUUAUCCACUGUGCCACCGAGCUGUCUGAGAAUGUAUAUUUCUGGUAGUUAAGAAAAUGCUUAUUCUUGAACACUAUAGUAUAUGAUUUAUAUUUUGUGUUCACAGGGAAAUAUAAUAGAACACAAAAAUUGAAAUGGACCACUGGAGUUAUUGAUUGGCUUUUACCAACUGCUAAUGCUGACAUUUUCUUGACAUUGUUUUUUGGAUCAGUUGGACAGUUUUUCCUCCAAAAUCUUGUCUAUUAACCAUUUAAUUAAAAAUUAAUAAUUCCAUUACUAAUAUAGGGUUUGGGCACCUAAAUAAUUCCAGCAUUUUAAGAAAUUUUGACUUUUUUUUUUUUACUUCUCAACUAUUUUAUUCACUGAAAAGAAGCCAUUUUGUAGAGAAAUGUGCCAAUAUCUAGCACUAUGAUAAAUUAAGAUUAUUGUGUCCAAUUUAAAACUGGAUGAAAAGUUUUAAAUAUAAAGAAUGGAUUUACCAACAACAGUAAUAAACAAUUUUAGGAGUAUCAUAGGUGUGAGUUCUUGAUCAUUUCUUUUAUGUUAAAAUCUGUAUCACCAAGAGGAAUGAGUAAUGAUUUCCAUUUCUAGUUAUUUUCAGUGGGGGAAAACUUGAAAGCCACUUUAGGAUCUGGACAAAAACAUAAGGAAGAAGAAUUUGUAAAUUAAAAGGCUGCCCUUAUUGAUUGAAGAAAUUUUUUUGUAGUAAGUUUAGGAUAUGAUUCUUAUAACCUUUAAGAACUGACAAACCUUUCAGACAAAGUAGUUUUCUAGUCUAUAAAAAUAUUGUUAUUUGCUUCCAAUGUAGGUAUUGUUUUUGAGAAACAGGGUUUACUUUUGCCUUUAAAUCAUCUUUUAAUUUAAAUUUUGUCAUGACAGUAUUUAUUUAUAUCAUGAACGUGUGCUUUUCAAUAGAAAAGCCUUCUAGAAGUUGUUUUUGCUGUUUGUAAGUCACCUUAAGAACCUCCAAAAUGUAGCAUAUUUAGUAAUAAAUAUAGGACCAAAACAAGCACCUUUUACAAAUUAUGGUCCCAUGUGCCUUGCUUACCAAAUACCUGACUUUUUCUGGAGGUUGUUAUUGUAAUUCACAAUUAUGGAUAUCUGAUGAUAAUAUCAGGAAUUUUUUAAGUAGUUCUCAGUUGAUUUUUUUUUUAAAUCUGUAUCUACAAUUAUUCAUCAAAUCUAUUUUAUGAUGCAGGAAAUUAAGUGUGCUGUGCAGGUAAUUGAUAACCAUUAUAUGUUUGAGUAAAUUGCAACACAAUUACUCAUCAUCAAGCAUUUUGAAACUUUAAAAGUGGAGUACAAACCAGAUUACUGUUAUAGUUGCUUGUUCUUAUAUAACAUUUUACUGUGUUUUUUUUGUUCUUUAAAAUUUGGAUUUCUUGUUGUGUCUCCAUGUUUUAUUUGCACAGAUACCUUUUGGUUUGAGGAACAAUGUGUGAUUUUGUAUAUUUAAACUUUUAUGAACAAAAUUCAGAAAUUGUACAAUUGGUCUUUUUAUGUCAUGUUUUUGAUUGAUAAAUAUAUCAAAUUCUUUUCAAUAUCUAA